GCCUGACAAGUUUCCCCGGGGUAGCCUGACAAGUUAUGAUAUCAUUUACGUAAAGAGUUUAUGAAGGAUGUUUAUAAACGUUACUUUAGCCAAACACCAGGUGGAAAGUGCAACAAGAGGGUAUACCGUAAGAUUUGCGUUUUUCGCGUAUUUUAAAAAAAUUAAGAAAAAUCUAUUCGAAUAUAAGACCAGGAACUAUUUAAUAAAUAUAAUACUUAUUAUUAAUCAACGGAUUAUCCCGAGUGUUUACAUACAUAAUAUACAAAAUACGCGAUUAAAGACACGAGCUCUUAAGAGCAAAGUCAGUCUUUUGAUAUCUCUUUCAUUGUUAGUGUCUAUUCUUACAAUAAGAUACUCCUUCGUUCGAUUCUAGUCAGGUAAAUCCUGUCGCAUCUGGAAGUUUUGAUCACCAACUUUUCAAGUACAUUUAUUUACCUGGCAAUCCGUUACAUUCUUGCUACGCAACUUGUUACUCUGUGAAUAAACAUCAAGCAGUGUGGAAACGGAAUUUUUUUACUGUUAAUUAAUAGUAUCCACAUUGUUGUGUGAUUCCCAUCUUUUAUACUCAAGAUACAUUUUGAUUUUUUUGAUAAUUUCAUCUUUAAUACUUUAAUUAUUCCUUUAUUUGUGAACGACAAGAUGGUUGAACGUAUUCAUACUACACCUAGUCGUCCCCGCUACUGGGCUUAUCUUUUAUUUUUACUACCCCUUGUUUGCUUUUUAAUGUGGACAAUUGGGUUAAUUGUCCUUUUGGGUCUUUGGAGUGCUCAAGACAAAUGGCAUACGCCUGGUGAACCUGAUCCCGUAUAUAUCAGUGAUAUGGGUGCGUAUACCAAAGGAUUUUUCAUUCCCAUGUGCGUAAUAACAGGUGUUUCUUAUUUAUUUACUUUUAUCGCCAUUCGCCUGUGCAGACAAUGGCGAUUUCUAUAUCCUACCUCUGCCAAGAUAGAGACCUUCCUUGGUUGGUUUGCAGUGCUGACGAGUGCUGCUUGUGCCGCUUGUUUAAUCUCUCUGGCAAUUCGUGAUGAUGUACAUCACGAUAGCGUUCACUGGAAAUUCACCGCUGCUUUUGUAGUAUUGGCUUUUGUUUCUGCCGCUAGCAAUAUUUUUGAAUGGCUCUCUGCUUAUCGCCAUUAUCGCUUUAGUAAGUUGUUAGCUUUCUCGUUUUAUGCAAAGUUUAUAAUUAUCGUCACGGCUAUUGUUUGCGCCAUCGCGUUUGCUGGUCUGCGCCAUUACGAAGAUCGUUCUCGAUCUUCUAGAUUUGAGUGGGUUGUUGGAUUUUUAUGGGCUCUCUAUAUUUCUCUUUUGUGUCUGGACGUGCUUCCAGCUAUUUAUCAUGAACGUUAUCCGAAGGAUUCGGGUGACUUGGAGAAGGGUGUUCGUGGUAAUCAAGAACCAGAGACUACUUACGCUCCUCCUGUCGAGCCCCCAGCGGCUGCGACACGAGAGACUGAGCAUGCUGAUCCCUCUCAGCCUUAAGUCGACUUUGAAGUUUCUUCAAAUUCGUCUGCUAAUCAAGGGUAAUCUAAUUCACCAAUUAAAAAACAACCCUCAGGAAUGCACUGCGCUGUUCCUGUUGUGACAACAGCCGUUUGGAGUCUGGUAAAAAAUUACUUAUGACAAGACAAGUUACUUGUCUUUCCUUAUCCGUAUCCGUAUAUCAUUUAAUUCACCUUACCUUCGAUUGGUUUGUCACGAAUGAUAAUUUUGGUAAAAAAACAACAGCACUUUUUCUUUCUCAUCUAAUAUGUUAUUCAUAUCAACUGUUUAUAACCUC